AUGCGAUCGCUCCGCUGGGCUCCGCGUCUUCCGUCCCUUGGAUUCAGAUCCGAAAUGUCGGGAUCCGCCAGCCCCGCGGUCCUUCAGUGCUACCUGCUUAUCCUCCUGCUGUGCUGCCCGUCCGGGGCGGGGCGGGCAGGUCACCUAGGCCAGGAGGUGCACAGUGCACAGCAAGGGGCCCGUUCCCACGAAGGCAAGGGCCCUGUGCAGAGUCGGGGUCCCAUGGUUCGGGGUCUACUCUCCCCUACUUUGCUGCUGAGUGGCAUCUAUGAUCCACAGGGUCCAUCAGGGAUCCUCCCUGAAUCCUCAAGUUCACCACAUCAGGGAAGAGGGAUCUUAGGUUCCACUUCCCCCACACCCACCCUCUCUUGUUUUUCUUCCAUAGACACACACCAUCUCUCCUAUGACUUCAUCAUCACUCCUAAGUUCAGACCUGAACCACGGUGGUGUAAAGUUCAAGGCCAAAUGGAUAAAAGGGCUUUUCUUCACUAUGACUGUGUUAACCAUAAGGCAAAAGCCUUUGGUUCCCUGGGGAAGAAAGUCAAUGUUACAAAAACCUGGGAAGAACAGACUGAAACACUAAGAGAUGUGGUGGAUUUCCUCAAAGAGCAACUGCCCAACAUUCAAAUGGAGAAUGUAAUACCCAGUGAGCCCCUCACCCUGCAGGCCCAGAUGUCUUGUGAGCACAAAGCCCAUGGAUACUGCACAGCAUUUUGGCAGUUCAUCUUCAAUGGACAGAGGUUUCUCCUCUUUGACUCAAACAACAGAAAUUGGACAGUGUUUCAUCCUGGAGCCAGACAGUUGAAAGAGAAGUGGGAGAAGAACAGUUAUGUGACCAUGUUCUUCCAGAGAAUUUCAACGGGGGAUUGUAAGAUGUGGCUUGAAAAAUUUUUGAUAUACUGGAAACAAAUACUGGAGAAAACAACUCCACCCUCCAUGACGCCAGGCACAGUCCAACCCAAAUCCAGGGCCACAACCCUCAGCACCUGGAGCCUCCUCGUCUUCCUCCCCUGCUUCAUCCUACUUAUUAUUUUUAAAUAAACCCGCCAACCCCACAGCAAGUGUGAUGCUUUUUUUCCAACUUCCCCACAUAAAUGCAUGGCCCCUGGAGCUUGCUGUGAGGGCUGUAUUGUGAAUGUGAGGGGCUUGCUGGUUUCAUCCUACCUGGCAUCUGAGGAGUGACAGGUACUGUGGGAAGAAUUGGGAAGGGACCAAGGAGCAGAUGGGUGAGGUGGGAAAACAAGAAAGGAGAAUUCCCACAGUCCCACCCCUCCCCAUGGCCGGGAACUUUCCAUCCUGUAAUGAGACAGGUGAAUGAGACCUUGUGUCACUUGUUGGUAAUGAUCUGGGCAGCUUUGCCCUGAGUUCUGAUGGAUUGUCACCUUCAGAGGCCAGAGAGAAAGGGAGGAGCCCUUAUCAAGGCUCAGGGCCUGUUGAACUUGAGAGGGUUUAGCCAGUUCAGGCCUGAUUCAGAGCAGGAUCCUAUUCAGGGUGUGUGCCUGCAGGCAGCGGGAAUUUAGACUUGGGCAGUCCUCUUAAUUGGGUUAGGUGCAUCAUGGCAACUUUACAUGAGGCGUGACAAGGGAAGGGGGAUUCCAUCUCUGAGGCUAAGAGAAAGAUCUGGGUCUAAUCCUAGGAGGAGGGGGCUGGGAGACCUUGGUACACCUAAUUCAAAAGGAGGGAGUGCAGGGCUGCCUUCCCACAGAA